AUGAGCGACGGCACGUCUAUAAGUGACGGCAAAGCGUCAAAAAAUACGACAAGUUUCCCACUAAAUACGGACGAUGAGAUCGCAAUCGUCCAGACGACGGCAUCCGCAACGAAGAAGAGGGAGGAUAUGCGCAAUGAGAGCACGGGCAUUAUAGUCGGGGACUCGGCCCAUAUGUUAUCGGACGGAAAAACAAUUCAUUAUUCAGCGGAACGAAUUAUUGGCAAUGGAUCAUUUGGCGUUGUAUUCCAGGCCAUAGUGGAGGAAACGGGAGAAAUUGUUGCUAUAAAAAAGGUGUUGCAGGAUAAACGCUUCAAGAAUCGAGAGCUCCAGAUUAUGCGGCAAUUACAUCAUGUGAACAUUGUGCAGUUAAAACAUUGUUUUUACUGUAACGGGGAAAAACCGGAUGAAUUGUAUCUUAAUCUGGUACUGGAGUACAUUCCUGACACAGUCUAUGGUGUCGCUAGACAACUUCAAAAGGCCAAACAGUACAUGCCCAUUGUACUAGUAAAGCUCUACAUUUACCAGAUUUGCCGUUCACUGGCUUACAUUCACUCGACAGGCAUUUGCCAUCGGGAUAUCAAGCCGCAAAAUUUGUUGUUGGAUCCUACAUCUCAUGUAGUAAAACUUUGUGAUUUCGGCAGUGCCAAAGUACUACAGAAAAACGAACCCAAUGUGUCUUACAUUUGUUCGCGAUACUAUCGUGCUCCGGAACUUAUUUUCGGUGCUACGGACUAUACCACUGCUAUCGAUAUUUGGUCAUUAGGUUGUGUGUGUGCAGAGCUGCUUCUGGGUCAGCCUUUAUUCCCUGGUGAAAGUGGUGUAGAUCAAUUGGUGGAAAUCAUUAAGGUUCUGGGCACUCCACAACGCGAGGAAAUUGAAGCAAUGAACCCAAACUAUACGGAAUUCCAGUUCCCACAGAUUAAAGCUCAUUCCUGGAGCAAGAUUUUUCGUUCAAGAACUCCUCCUGAGGCGAUUAAUUUGCUGUCGAAAAUGCUGGUCUACGAUCCGAAGCAACGUGUGAAACCGCUGGAGGCCGCCGCGCACCCGUUCUUUGAUGAACUACGACAGACAGAUCUGAAGCUGCCAAACGAUGUAGCCGCGCCCGCGCUUUUUAAUUUCACUUUACAAGAACUCUCGCAAGUGAAUAUGAGUACGCGGGAAAUUUUAGUACCUGUUCACGAACGAAACUCAACCAACUGGCCGGUCUUAGAGGACGGCACGUGGCCUGAUGUGGCAGCUCGAGAAAUCACCUAA